AUGCAGCAAGCACAUUCGGAAGUUGGAAAACAGCCUGCUACUCCUACACAUUCACCUAAUCCAACCAAUCCAAGAAAAAGACCAGCACCUGUUCCCCAAUCUCCCACUGAUAGUUUAGGGUAUGUCUCAGCAGAUUCUCCAGAAAGUUCGAACUAUAUACUAUCAGCACCUUCCUUACGUAACGCUGCACCGAGAUCUCCGACAAAAGCCGGAAAUAGAAGUGUGCCGGCCUUCUUGAACAAACUAUAUAAUAUGGUGAACGAUCCGCAGUCCAACGACUUAAUCAUUUGGUCCGAAUCUGGAAAUUCUUUCUUAGUAAAACGUCCCCAAGAUUUUGCUAAGGAAGUCCUUCCACGAUUUUUCAAACAUAAUAAUUUUAGCAGUUUUGUUAGGCAAUUGAAUAUGUAUGGAUUUCAUAAGAUACCGCAUUUACAACAAGGAGUACUUCAAUCCGAUGGACAAUCAGAACAAUGGGAAUUCAGUAAUACGAAUUUUUUGAGAAAUCAACCUGAUCUUUUAUAUUUUGUCACUCGUAAGAAAGGGAAAGAUACAGAGAAUAUUAAAGAACCGAGUGAAAUUGAUUUUAAUCAUAUACUAAAUGAAAUUGCUUCAAUUAAGAAACAUCAAAUGACUAUUAGUACAGAUUUAAAGAAUAUUCAAAGGGAUAGUCAGGUUUUAUGGCAAGAAACUAUGACAGCGCGAGAUAGACAUCGUCGUCAACAAGAGACGAUCGAUAAAAUUUUAAGAUUUUUAGCAUCAGUGUUUUCCGCUGAAAAAAAGAGGGCCAUCGUACCAAAAAAACGAAGAUUAUUACUAGGCAAUUCUGACACUGAUUAUGGAAAUCGAGAAAUGAUGGGAUCAAAUCAAACUACUAAUCCUCCUCUUUCUACAACUGAAAAUGAUUUAAAUUCUUUAAUUUUGAGCAUGAGCAAUCCAGAAAGCCUUCUUAACAACAAUAAUAUUGAGAACAGUGAUACCAUUUCUGAGCUUGAAGAUAGAAUAAAUAAUUUGGAUGCGAAUGUCGAUUACUUGACAUCUUUAACAUCUCAAUUAGGAUAUGAUCCAGAUAAUCAUGACGAACUUGAUUUAGAAGAUGAAGAAACUGGAAAUGAUUUCUUAGCGAACUUUAGCCCUACAGAACAAGAUCUUCACAAUUAUUUGCAAAUCUGCAAUUAUCAUCAUUUUGAAACUUGA